CCCGGCCAGGUGUCCCGGCGCCCGCAGGCCCCGCGCGGGCGGGCGUCCCCGGGCCGCUCCCCGCCUCGGCAGCAGGCCCCGCGGAGGCUUGGGCUGCGGCGGGCUCCGGGGGCAGCCCCGGGCGCAGCGGCGAUGGCCAGCGCCAGGAGCAUCGAGCUGGAGCACUUCGAGGAGCGGGACAAAAGGCCGCGGCCCGGGUCGCGGCGAGGGGCGCCCGGCUCCUCGGGGGGCAGCAGCAGCUCGGGCCCCAGGGGGAACGGGCUCAUCCCCAGCCCGGCGCACAGCGCCCACUGCAGCUUCUACCGCACGCGCACCCUGCAGGCGCUGAGCUCCGAGAAGAAGGCCAAGAAGGCGCGCUUCUACCGGAACGGGGACCGCUACUUCAAGGGCCUGCUGUUUGCCAUCUCCGGCGACCGCUUCCGGUCCUUCGAUGCGCUGCUCAUGGAGCUCACCCGCUCCCUGUCGGACAACGUGAACCUGCCGCAGGGCGUCCGCACCAUCUACACCAUCGACGGCAGCCGCAAGGUCACCAGCCUGGACGAGCUGCUGGAAGGUGAGAGUUACGUGUGUGCAUCAAAUGAACCAUUUCGUAAAGUUGAUUACACCAAAAAUAUUAACCCGAACUGGUCUGUGAACAUCAAGGGUGGGACAACCCGAGCUUUGGCUGCUCCCUCCUCCGUGAAGAGUGAAGUGAAAGAAAGUAAAGAUUUCAUCAAACCCAAAUUAGUGACUGUGAUUCGAAGUGGAGUGAAGCCUAGAAAAGCUGUGCGGAUCCUUCUAAAUAAGAAGACUGCUCAUUCCUUUGAGCAGGUCUUGACAGAUAUCACCGAAGCCAUUAAACUAGAUUCAGGGGUGGUCAAGAGGCUCUGCACACUGGACGGAAAGCAGGUUACUUGUCUGCAAGACUUUUUUGGUGAUGAUGAUGUUUUUAUUGCUUGUGGACCUGAAAAAUUUCGUUAUGCCCAAGAUGACUUUGUCCUGGAUCACAGUGAAUGUCGUGUCUUGAAGUCAUCUUAUUCUCGGUCCUCAGCUGUUAAGUAUUCUGGAUCUAAAAGCCCUGGGCCCUCCCGACGCAGCAAAUCACCAGCUUCAGUAAAGAGGGGUGGCCACCACUCCAGUGCCUACUCUGCAACCAGAUCCCCAGUUAAUGGAACUCCCAGCAGCCAGCUGUCAACUCCCAAAUCAACGAAAUCCUCUAGUUCUUCUCCAACUAGCCCAGGAAGUUUCAGAGGAUUAAAGCAGGUUUCUGCACACGGCGGAUCCUCUUCCAAUGUAAAUGGUGGACCUGAACUUGGUCGUUGUAUGAGUCCUGAAGGUGUGAAUGGAAACAGGUGCUCUGAAUCAUCAACUCUUCUUGAGAAAUACAAAAUUGGGAAGGUUAUUGGUGAUGGGAAUUUUGCAGUAGUCAAAGAGUGCAUGGACAGGUCCACUGGAAAGGAAUUUGCCCUGAAGAUUAUAGACAAAGCCAAAUGUUGUGGAAAGGAGCACCUGAUUGAGAAUGAAGUGUCAAUCCUGCGCAGGGUGAAACAUCCAAAUAUCAUCAUGCUGGUUGAGGAGAUGGAAACAGCUACUGAGCUCUUUCUGGUGAUGGAAUUGGUCAAAGGUGGAGAUCUUUUUGACGCAAUUACCUCUUCAACCAAGUACACUGAGAGGGACGGCAGUGCGAUGGUGUUCAACCUGGCUAACGCUCUCAGGUAUCUUCAUGGCCUCAGCAUUGUGCACAGAGACAUCAAGCCAGAGAACCUCUUGGUGUGUGAAUACCCCGAUGGAACCAAGUCCUUGAAACUGGGAGACUUUGGGCUGGCCACAGUGGUGGAAGGCCCUUUAUAUACAGUCUGUGGCACACCAACCUACGUGGCUCCAGAAAUAAUUGCUGAAACUGGCUAUGGCUUGAAGGUGGACAUUUGGGCAGCAGGCGUGAUCACAUACAUACUUCUCUGUGGAUUCCCACCAUUCCGAAGUGAGAACAAUCUCCAGGAAGAUCUCUUCGACCAGAUCUUGGCUGGGAAGCUGGAGUUUCCAGCCCCCUACUGGGAUAACAUCACGGACUCAGCAAAGGAAUUAAUCAGUCAGAUGCUUCAGGUAAACGUCGAAGCUCGGUGUACUGCGGGAGAAAUCCUGAGCCACCCCUGGGUGUCAGAUGAUGCCUCCCAGGAGAAUAAUAUGCAAGCGGAAGUGACAGGUAAACUCAAACAGCACUUUAAUAACGCGCUCCCCAAACAGAACAGCACCACCACCGGGGUCUCGGUCAUCAUGGUAAGUGGAGGGGAGGGCACUGUGUUCUGCUGUUGGAAAGCUGCAGUGUCCGGCCUGACUGCUCAGCCGACGCUGACUGUGUAGACGUGAUUAGCCGAGGGCCUCCCUUGCAUGGAAGCUGGCACCUUCCAUGUUCUUCUUUUCGCUUCAAGAUUGGCUUGGCACACGGGGUGCCCCCCUCUGGCUGACUCCCAGGCCUCGAGUCCUUGGGGGAGGGGUUGUGCAGGUAGAGCCAGGCCAGCGCCGAGGGCCACGGGGGCCUCUUCUCCCGGGCCCGGCGCCCGCCCCGAGCUGCUGCUGCUGCUGCUGCUGCUCUCGACCGUCUGCCCGAGAGGGGCUCCCGAGCCCGGGCGGAUUUACAGCCCGAGGGGGUGACUCCCUGCCCCUGGAGCCUUCGCAGACAGACUCUGUGAGGGAGGAAUUAUUCUCUGGGACCUGGGAUAAGAAACAGCUAACGUUAAACAAAUUCCUUUUAAAAGUCCGCGUUUUGGGGCUUUUAAAAGUACAGAAAAACGUAAAAAAGAAAUAUUAGUUUUCUCAGGGUCAGAAAGAUUUUAUGAGAAGCCAGUGACAGUGAUCCCCGUAGUUUUUCAGAACUUCCUUCCUUCAAAAUGUUUCUUGAAAGCAAGGGAGGUGACAUUAAGCUAGAUUUAGCCAAAGGGAAAAUAAAGUCAAAAAGCAUAAACCGGCCAGAGUGCCGUUAGCUCCCUGAAGUCGGGCGCAGAGCUGCUCCCGUCGUGCACCGGGAGACAGAGCCACCAGCCGGCCGCGACCUCCGUCCUGCCCACAGGGCUCGCGGGCCCAGGGGUUGCCCUCCCGGGGCCACGGUGUCCCCGGUGGCUUCAGAAUCAGACUAGGGAGACAGGUGCCCGAGUCGUUGGAGCCUGGCCACCCCGAGCACCUUGGGUCUGGGGGAACCUCAGGGCGCCUGGGAACCCGCCGGCACUCCCGGGCCGUCGCCAUCCGUGCAGCUCUCUCACCUCAGGACAAGCCUCUCACCCUCUGGAAAAGGUCAGCUUGUUUUCUACCCGCUAGAAGGGAAGCAGUGGCUUAGGCUCUGGCCCACGUAGUCUAGGAGCAUUUGCUUAAGAGGUUUCUGGGUCCAGCCAGAAGCUGGGGGACCCUCCCCGCCCCCGAAGCUGUGAACACGGAGCGCGCUGGUGAGCUGUGUCCCCCCCCCCCCCCCCCCGACCUCCACACGGCCGCUGGUCCGUCGUUCUUUCCCCCUGGGGAGGCUGCCGGUUCCCAGGCAGGCCCCCGAGGCCUGGCCCCCCGGAGGCAGGCUCCCCCCGCUCCCCUCCCCCAGACAGCCUGAGCUUGCAGGUCUUUGACACGUUGCAGGACGUUGGCGUGCUCUGUGCCAAAGAAGUGGGAAGGCCUCUGAGUUGUGGUUGCCCUAGCGCCUUAGCAGCGUUCUGCCGAGAGUCCUCAGAGGGACAGUGUAGACACUUUGAAAAGAGCCAUCUUGAUGGACUCAAGAGCUCGAGAAGGUUCGCAGGUGAUUCACCGAUGAGGGCGAGCGCUGCUGGGCGGAUGGCAGGUUACAGACCAGCCACGUCCACCGUGAGGCAGCCUCUGUGAAAUUCAGAAAAAACCGAAACGUUAAACAUUGGCGCGCUUGACGCAUGAAGAACCUUAAAGAGUGUUUUUUAGGAUCAAAAUUUCAUGACUCUGUUCAGCGUCAUCGCCUAGAGGCAGGACCUUUGCGGGACCGCGCCCAGGCGUAGGAGAGUCUCAGCACCAUUGCCUGGGUCCCCUUUGCACUCGGCGCCCACCCAGGAGUCAUGGCUCAAGGCCUGUGCCCACCACGCUCUGGGGUGAUCGGCCCUUCCUCGUGGCCCGGGAUCGGCUCUGUCCCCGAGGAGUAGAGUAGAGCCCCGCGGACGGGACCUGUGUCUCAGGGCUGACAAACGAUAUUUUUCCCAUUUGCUGAUGAAGGAGGUCAGUAGUCAGAUUCAGACCGACGAGUUCUAGCUGGGUCGUGGUGUGAACGAGCACCCCUUUAUUGUCCUCGUAAUCCCAGUGGUGAUCGUGCAGGUGCGAGUUCACGUGUCUGUGCAGUCGUCCUCCUGAGCGUGUGGGCAGGGGCCCGGCUCACCUCGCGUUCCCUACACAGCUGCAGGUCGUUGGCUCUGAGCGGCCGCUGAGUGGCGUCACCACGGUCAGUACCUCCACGGGAAGUCAGUAACGCUGGUCUCUGGAGGUCCCAGUUCUCAGUGGCCAGAAAGCUGGCCUGUGAAUUUUGGGCUUGUUCCCCAAGCAGUGGCAAGACGGCCCCCCGUGGGGACAUCAUGCUGACCCUCACCCCAUGGGGACCUGGCCCGGGGCAUGGUUGUGUGGGGGCAGCUUGCGAUGCUUCCGUGCUGUCAUCCUCAUGCUCUCACCACUACUGUGUGUCUGUGUGUCCUGCCCUUGGGAACAGUUUUAAAUGUUUUUUUAUAUUAAAAAUGACCACAAAGGACUCUCCCCGGUAUCCUAUGUUCUCAUAAGAAGAGUUUGUGAGGCUGAUCUGGUUUCCUGCAGAUGCACGUAGCGGAGGAAGGAGUCGUAGCAGUGUGGUGGGGCCAAAUCCUCAGGGGGACACUGUGGUGUGACCUCCAGACAGAACCACACCUUGGACGGUCCCUCCCGGGGUUCUCUGUACCUUCGCACCCCACCCCCCAGUUCCCAUGGGAAAAUUAUAGGAUAGGAAAAUGUAAAUAACAGCGAAAGAAAGUAAAGUUGAUGCUGUUGUCUGCAUUUUAUCCGACAGUUUGAUUUGGCAGUUUGAGAGGCACUUCAGAGUUUCCCUCUGUACCCAGUUGAGACUCUGGGGAAUCCCGAAGCAGAAUCCUGGUAUUGGACAUGCUGUGCUUCAUCAGAGCAGCUUCUCACUCGCAGCCCCCCUUAAAUCCGCGUGCUUGUCUCAGGCUCCCGACACCAGCGCCCAGCGCUUAGCUGCUUCUCCUUGCGGGGCUCCUGUCCCUACUGGCCCGCUUUGCAGCUGCAGGCCGAGCCCGGGGCAGGCUCGCAGUCGGCCGCGUGGCCCCCGUCCCGGCCCAGGGCCGCGAGCGUGUGCAGGGCAGGAGGCCCCUAGGUCCUCUGCUCAGCGCUGUUGUCACGUGGUGCAAAAGCCUCUUUUUGUGAACAGCAGCGUAGGACGAGUCCUUCCCUGAAGGCUUCUGUUCUCUUUUAACCAACUGCCACUUCCGGAGAUGCACUGUUAGCAGUGAGGCGGGUGUGGAGGGGCCGAGAGCGCCCCACUGGAGGCGGCUCUGGGUGAAGACAGGCCCGUGCUUUUGAAUGGCGCUUGCGCUUCCUUUGACUUGUCCUCCGGGUGCUUCCAGGACAGUCGCUGUUGCAGGGUGGGCUCCUGGUCUGUCCCGGCCAUGCCCGCCUUGGGCGCGCUGGGAGCCACCUGGACGAGGGAGGAACUCGCUGCCGGGCGCUCUCCCCGCCCAGGGUUACGUUGCUCUCAGGGGGCGUUCUGGGGAUGACUUGGGCUUAAUUUAAGAUAGACAAAACUGUUUCAACCGUGUUGCUUCUGUUUGAAGUAAGUCCAGUUUCUGUCCCUGCUUCUCUCCUCCCUCUCCUGCCUCUCCCGCCGCCUGCAUUGCUUCCCUCUGACUAGGUCCAAGGCAAUGGUACGUACUAACUGCUCUGCAAUGCUUUGUUCUGCUGCACACAUCCGUGGUCUCUUGACGGGAAGAGAAAAGGAGAAAUAACUGGAGAAUUGGUGUUUUCCUCUAUCCAGGAGGGAUUCUGUGGUAUAUGCAUAUGUACAACACCCAACAAAAGCAGCUGUGGCUUCGCAGCUGAGCCCCGGUGCCCUGCAGGCAGCCACACGCAGGCCCGUCCCCAGAGGCCUGGUGUGCCCCCGUCCUCCCCAGACCUCGGAGAACACCAGGAGAGUCCGCCUUACCUUCCCCCAGGGUAGUGAGACUACAGAAGGCCUCCGGACCCCCGUGCCCGAUAGCUAAAGGGGCCGGAGACCUGGAAACACCUUUGGAAACCCAGUGAGGGGACAGCUGGUUGGGUUUCAGCGGAGGGGCCCGAAAGGUUGAAACUGAGUCAGAGGAGGGAAAACGGAGACUAAGCCUCACCUCCCAGGCUCAGGUCAGAACAGCAAGGCGGUUUCUUCCUGUUGGCCCUUCCUGUGCUCCUUGAGAAGUUGAGCACAUUAAAAACUUAGGAUUGGGGCACCUGGCUGGC